AUUAUUUUAAACAGCAGCUUUGGAGGACCAUGUCAACAAACAGUUGCAGCUCUAAAGAUGGACCAGGCUUUGAUAACAUUUCAGAAUCAGCUGACAGAAGAAGUGCAAGUCUACUACACGUCAGACUACUGCCAUAAGUGUGUGUACCAGCUUUUGGCCAGAGUCAAACCAAACAACAGCAGUUCAUCUGUGAUCGUCAGCACCAAAUUCACUUUAACAAUUCAAGUGGACACCAAACCCAGAAACAACUCAUUGUGCAAGUGGAGCCAAACCUAUGGAGAAGGAGGACAAUACUUGAUCGACAUUGGCGUUUCAGAGGUGCUCAGUGAACCAAGCUGCAGACAGAUCAUCCAGAAAUCACCCAAAAAUGUUUACCUACCUCUCCUCGUGGCAGCCCUGGUCUUUGUUUUUCUGUCUGUCUUGUUUGCAACCGGUCCGUACAUCUACAGGAGGCGCAAUACAUCCAAGUUUAUCAGAGCCAUUUGCUGCAGAAGCCCUCAGUAUUCGAUGGACAAUAAUGAACCUCCAGAAUCCGACAAACCGAAAUCCGCUCGUCUUCAGUCAUUGGACACAUUUCGAGGGUUUGCGCUGACGAUAAUGGUAUUUGUAAACUAUGGAGGGGGAGGAUACUGGUUCUUUCAACAUGCUCCUUGGAACGGUCUGACUGUGGCUGAUCUUGUCAUGCCAUGGUUUGUGUUCAUCAUUGGGACAUCGGUGGUCUUGGCCUUCACUUCGAUGCAGAGGAGGGGAGUGGGGAGGGGUCAGCUCAUUCGUAAAGUCGCCUGGAGGACUCUAGUGCUGCUGCUGCUCGGGUUCUGCUUCCUCAAUUACUCCCCACGCGAUGGACCAUUGUCGUGGUCGUGGCUGAGGGUCCCUGGGGUGCUGCAGCGUUUGGGUGUCACAUAUCUCGUCUUGUCUCUGCUUCAAACUUUCUGGGGCCAGAUCUCGGUCCCUCUCAGAACGAAGCCGUUCCAGGACUUAACCCUGUAUUGGCCUCAGUGGCUUAUCAUGGUCCUGUUGGAAACACUGUGGUUGUGCCUCACCUUUCUGCUCCCGGUACCAAACUGUCCCACAGGUUACCUUGGAGCAGGUGGAAUCGGGGACGAUGGUCUUUACCCAAACUGCACUGGAGGAGCAGCUGGACUCAUUGACCGCUGGAUGUUUGGAGACAACAUGUUCAGAUACCCGACUUGUAGAGAGAUGUAUCAGACCACGCAGCCCUUUGACCCGGAGGGCAUCCUGGGCACAAUCAACUCUGUCCUGAUGGGAUUUCUGGGGAUGCAGGCUGGGAAGAUUAUCAUUUUCUACAGAGGGUCCAACGUCAGCAUCCUGGGGCGCUUUGUGGUAUGGGCGGUCCUUCUGGGAAUCUCCGCUGCCAUCCUUACUAAGUGCACAAGAGACGCGGGAUUUAUACCUGUCAAUAAAAAUCUUUGGUCUUUGUCCUUUGUGACCUGUUUGGGCUGCUUUUCCUUCCUGCUACUGGGAGCCAUGUACUUUAUCAUAGAUGUGAGAGGCUGGUGGAGAGGACAGCCAUUCAUAUAUCCAGGUACAAACUCCAUCUUGGUGUAUGUGGGCCACUCUUUGCUGGGGUUCUACUUUCCAUUCAGUUGGGACAUGCGGCUUUGGGACAGUCAUUGGGAGUUGCUCUUCAUGAACCUUUGGGGUACUGCUCUGUGGGUGCUCAUCUCCUACCUCCUCUACCGUAAACGAUUCUUCCUCAAAAUAUGAACUCACUCCCUCUAUGAACACUAUUACCUCUAUAUAGUAAUGUAUAUGAUGAGUAUUGAUUAUUUAAACAUAUGAAGGCUAUAAAAAUAUGGCUUUAAGUGAUAUUGCUCAGUUUUAUGUGAUCUGUUCAAUUCAUCAGGCGUAUACAGGGUUUUUCAAGAAACACUCAGUUUGAAUUACAGUGUAUGUACGUUGAAAUAUUCCAGUGCACCAACCAGUUUUUUCAUUAUCUGUACAAGUUCUACUUUAAUAUGGUAGGAGAAACAGGACCACCCAUAGGACACUUACACAGAAAUAACAUGCAAACUCCACACGGAAAGAUACUGUCUGAUCCUGGAUAUGAAUGAAUGUGUUGUGAGUCUCAACCACUACACCACUGUCUUUUGUAUCUUUCUUUCUUCUUUGUCUAAAGUGCAUAUUUAGACCAAACCAUAUCUCUCAACCAAAACCAUCAAUUGACAUAAGCUACUUCCAAGCUUUAAAGGUCAGGAUUGUUCCUCGCAAUGGCAUUAAAACGAUCUGUCUUGCAUUUAUUCAUUGUAAGGUGUUGCUGCAAAAAAUCCUUAAAAAACAUGCAUUCUUACCGUGAGCAGGCUGACUUCUCCAUAGAUCGAUCCUGUAACUUGUCUCCAUGGAUAUACCAGUUAAAUUUAAUGGUAGACUGCAGAGGAUUCGCUUGGAACUGACACUGUUCAAAUAUACAAGCUGCACCUAGUCUUGUUCUUUUCUAUUUGACUGUUUUGAACCAGAUCUAAACUUGGCUCUAAUUGAGAUAAUGUAUUACAUGCCAUCUGUGUGGUUCCCAUUGGGUGCCAUGUUUUGUACCUCUUGUCUUGUUCAGUAAAUAGACUGAUUAAAGUGAAUAUACCGAGGCGCUGCUUAACAAAUUAGCCUGAGUGAUUCCACAGCUCACCGGGGCGGCCAUUAUGACUCUGUUUCCAUGGACACCCUGUUUGUGCGUGCGACUGUGGGGACCAUCUGCCCCCGUCCGGCUCUUUACUGGGGUCAAGAUGCUCCUCUCACAAUGAGGGGUGUUAAUGCGGAUGGCACCUCCUGCACUUUACAAUUAGACAAUCAGGAAAUGCACCAGACCUGGAGACGUGGCAUAUUAAGCAUUUAUUUAGAUAAUUAUCCGUUAUUGUGGAAGUGUAUUGUAAAGUCUAUAUUGUUUAAAUUAAAGUAGUUGAUGCAUAUACUGGAUUGAAUCAGGGCUAAUGGACUAAACUCA